AUGGAACCCAGAUUGGGGUUUCCACUUCUCUUCUUAUUGUUAUUAUCUAUCUGUUUCAAUGUGGAAUCAAAGUGUCAGAAAGGAUGCAACCUGGCUCUUGCCUCCUACUAUGUUUGGGUUGGUUUUUUCAAUCUCACGACGGUUUCGCAGAUUAUGCAAUCCCCAAUUCUUCAAAAUCCUGAAGAUAUCGUCAGCUAUAACAAAGGCCAACUGUCUACCCCAGACUAUGUCCAAACUACCACUCGAGUGAACGUACCGUUCCCUUGCGAUUGCAUCGGUGGUGAAUAUCUAGGUUACGUAUUCAAGUACCCGAUUCAAACAGGGGACACAUAUAUGAAGGUUGCGAAUCAGAGCUAUUCCAAUCUAACCAUUGCUUCGUGGUUGCAGAGCCACAAUGGCUAUCCGCCGAACAAUUUUCCUAAUUCUGGAACAUUGAAUGUGACGGUGAACUGUUCGUGGGGGGAUAGCCACGUUUCGAGAGAUUAUGGGUUGUUCAUCACGUACCUGCUUAGAGCUGAGGAUUCUUUGGAUUCAAUUGCGAACCAGACGAAUCUUGAUCGAUCGUUGCUGCAGAAGUAUAAUCCUGGUGUUAAUUUUAGCAGAGGGAGUGGUGUGGUGUAUAUCCCCGGGAAAGGGCUAAAAGGCAUAGGCAUUGCAGGAGUAUCUGCUCGAGCAAUUGCUGGAAUUCUGUUAUUGACAGUUUGUCCGUAUGUUGUGUAUUACCAAAAGAAGAAGGAGAAAGAGGAAAAAUUGCUUUCAGUAUACGCUGCUCAACCUGGAAAGGAUUCCAAUGGUCCUCCUGCUCCUGCUGAUACUAGCAUCAAAGGUAUUACUGUGGACAAAUCAGUUGAGUUCUCAUAUGAAGAACUAGCUCAAGGCACAAAUAACUUUGUUAUGGAAAAUAAAAUUGGUCAAGGUGGUUUUGGGGCUAUCUACUAUGCAGAGCUGAGAGGCCAGAAAGCUGCAGUAAAAAAGAUGGAGCCACAAAAAUCAAGGGAGUUUCUUGCUGAAUUGGAAGUGUUAACUUGUGUUCAUCACCUAAACUUGGUGCGCUUGAUUGGAUAUUGUGUUAAGAAGGAUUCCCUUUUCCUUGUGUAUGAAUAUAUUGACAAUGGAAACUUAAGCCAACACCUGCGAGAUUCAGCUAGAGAACCCUUGCCAUGGUCUGUGCGAGUGCAAAUUGCUCUGGAUUCAGCCAGAGGUCUUGAAUACAUUCACGAGCAUACUGUGCCAGUAUAUAUUCAUCGUGACAUAAAGUCGGAAAAUAUAUUGAUAGACCAAAACUUUCGGGCUAAGGUUGCAGAUUUUGGGUUGACCAAGCUCACUGAAGUGGGAAGUUCAUCACUUCCCACUGAAAAUUUUGCAGGCACAUUUGGUUAUAUGCCACCUGAGUAUGCUUAUGGUAGUCUUUCGCCGAAAAUUGACGUCUUUGCUUUUGGAGUUGUCCUAUAUGAACUUAUAUCUGCUAAAGAAGCUUUGUCCAGGGCUGGUGGAGCUGGUUCUGAAACAAAAUCCCUUGUCUCUUUGUUUGAAGAAGUUCUUGAGAAGCCUAAUCCAAAAGAACAUCUUCAAAAGCUUGUUGAUCCUAGGCUCGGUGAUCAAUACACAAUCGAUUCAGUUUACAAGGUUGCACAGCUAGCCAAAGUGUGCACAGAUGGAGACCCAGACCGACGUCCAAGCAUGAGAUCUAUUGUGGUGACUCUAAUGACACUUUCUUCUUCUCCUUCUGUGGAAUGGGACACUGCCUGCUUGUAUGAAAAUCCAACAUACACAGAAAUGUUGUUCGGAAGGCUGAUGUAGAAAAUAUAUGUCAAUAAUAUUUAAAUUAAGUGACUCACAUGUUAUUUUGGAUUCCCCUUGUUUUUAAAUCCAAAAUAAUAAAUAAUAAUAAUGCUAAUUUUUUCAUCAAAUGAAAGGUUUCAUAUCCGUAUAUUUUA